CAUGUUAAGGUAUUUUACACAUGCAAUCUCUGAAAAAUAGGUAGGUGUAUAGUCAGGUAUAGUCAGCUUUCCUUUGUUGUUUGAACCAAUCGCUUGACUUGUCACACCCACCUCUCUCUAAUGCUGUGUAGUUUGUAGCUUCGGUCUGUCACGGUUUUCCUUGCUGCCUGGUCCUUGAUGGUGCUUUGGCUGACAAUACAAUUAAAAUACUGUGUUCCUAACUAUAUAUGAUUUUAGACUAAAGAGACAGAUGAAUGCACUGCAACAAUGUUUAAAUCAGCAAUUUGAAAAAUAAAACGCAACAAAAGGUACAUUUAUCUAUCGUAGAAAAUUAUUCUAAAGUAACGCUGGAGCAACGUACUGCGAAAUCCUCCAUGAAAUUUCCUUCAAAGCGCAAACGCACAUGUGCCCCACCCCCACCCCCAGGGGAAUAUUGCCAGGUCCCACACCGCUGGAGUAUUUAGGCUAUUCUCAGCUUCAGAUUUUAAAGCUGUGGAUCACUGUUACCGAGGAGGAUAGACCUACAGUUUGGAGUAUGAGUGGUCCUGGAGUUCAUUUUCUGCAACGACAGCCAAGAUUCAGAGAAGCACAAGCGGUUCCCCCAACAUCUCUGCCUAAUAGCACGAAAGUCACCAUAACAAAACUCAUGGCACAGUCCUAUGACAGCCGUCAGAGCGCACCGAACAAACGUGAGCUGUCUGCGCUGGAUUUAGGCAUGUAUUCUGGAAAUACUGGAAUCUCCUUGGGAACUACUGCAUGUGGCGUGUUAGCUCUUUGCUGAAGAGGACCCUCCAGAUGCCUUGUCAUUUGGAAUACAAAGCUGACUUUUUCGCCGUUGCACGAGGCGCCCGGAUUAGAAGAAACUUUCUGCUGAAUUCAUAUUUGUAUUUUUAUAUUUUUUACUCCUAUUUUAACUCCUUUUUAUUCCCUUGAUGAUCUUAUCGUUGGGUCAUUGGUUGAGUGACAGCCCCGUAGUACAAUCCUGAUCAUGAUCGCCACCGGGGGUCUGCUGCGGAUAUCAGCUAGGCGCCAGGACUCGCUCCGGGCCAAGAACCGAGCCGAGAACAAACGGAAGAGAAAAGCCAAGAAGAAGAGGAAGAACGACGUGGUCGUAAUCAAGGGCAAACUGAAGCUCUUCUCCGUCUCGGGGCUGGUGGCUGCCGUGGGCGUGGUCAUCCUGCUGGUGGGCGUGGCCAUGGCCAUGCUGGGCUACUGGCCAAAGGAAAGUCUGGCUUACCCAGAACCUCAGCUGUCUGGAAAGGUGGAAAAACAUCAGAGCAGCUUCAACAGAACUCUGCCUGAGUCCAACAACUGGACAGUAAGUGGUACGCUUGGGUUCUCAGUGAGUGAGGACCUGGUGAACUACAGCCAGACUAAUGGAACUGACACAGCUACUCCUCCCUUAGGUGUGAUUGACAGGUUCUUGGCCAGGUGCCUGUACUCAGAUGAACUCAAGGUCUUUGGCCCGUUGGUAAUGGGUGUCGGCAUAUUCCUCUUCAUCUGCGCCAACGCCGUGCUUCAUGAGAACCGGGACAGAAAUACUAAGAUCAUCAAUCUGAGGGACAUCUACUCAACCGUUAUCGACAUCCACAGUUUGCGCACCAAAGAUUGCACACCACUCAAUGGAUUUGUGAACUACGUGCAGUCGAGGAGCAUAGACGGGAAGCCAGGCCCCGCCUACAACGCUGCCAUGCUGGCCCGUAGCUCCUGGCCCUCCACGGUUUCGGGGAAAGCGCAAGAGCGGGUUGGGCCCAGGCCCUUCGGCCGGAGGAGCAGCUCCUCACGCGAGAGGCAGACCUUCACAGACACUGUCUACAGCAUCUACCGGGACCAGAACCGGACCAUAGAACGGGCCCCGGUUCCCAAGCCUUGGGAGACCAGAACCAUAGUCACCUCUUCAGUGAACGCUUUCACUCUCCCAGUGAUCAAACUGAACAAUUGCGUGCUGGAGGAGCCCAAACGCUUGGGGGGAGGCGAGGGUCGGGGAGACGCUGGCGGCGCGCCCGAGGAGGUGCAGGCAGAUUGUAGCCGUGGCGACGGCAGUGGAGACAAAACCAAAGCGGAGUCCUCGAGGGCCGGCCCCUUUGUUUGCCAGGGCUCGGCCGAAACACAGGAGGGUUCAGGCGGACAGCAGGGGGCGCCUCGCGCAUCUCUGCAGGGGUCGCAAGCCCAGCUCCUGCCCCCCUCGCCCGGGCUGAGGCCGAUAGGGUCACACGUGUCACUCAGCGCGCUGUCGGAUUACUCCAGAUCCGUGGACCCGGGCGCCUCCCCGUCGGGGCAGGGGGACAGAACCCGGCGCCUCAGCUGUCCCCGUCUGGACCGGUCCUGCAGCAAGGGCUACAUUAAGCUGGGAGACCUGGGAGGGGAGUCAUUCGAGUCGUCCGACACGGGCGCCCCUAUAAUGACGGUCACGGGCGAAGGGGUAUCUCAGGGACAAGCAUCGCAGGCCACGCCUCACCCCGGGGCGGGAGCCUCAAACAAGCCGCCUCGAGGGUCGCCAUGGAAAUACUUCAACAGGGAAAAGUUGGUAAUGAUCUCCCAGUCAAAUCCCUCUGAGGAGGACGGGGAACUCGAGAGCACUGGCAUUUGAAGUGACUCCACAAAGUUUGCUUGCACAAUUUUGUAAAAAGGGUUACUGGGGACCGCUAAAUGACGCAGUGUAAAAUACCCAUCGAUGCAUUGACUGAAAUUACAAACCCAUAUGAGGUUGUCUACAUACCUUUGAUCAAGAAAAUGGCCCAAUCAAUUUGAAAUAUAUGUCUGCUACUGGAAGCCGAACAACACUUGAUUUCCCAUAUAUUAUUAAAUUAAAUGAAUUCUGAGUUUGCAAUUGCUUAUCUAAUGUUAUUAUUUGGUGUUAUCAGUGUAUUGAUGUUCUGUCUAGCAGGUAGAAAACAUAGUUCAAAGGCUCCCCUUGCAAAAAGUAAUGUUCAUAUAUAUAUAUAUAUAUAUAUAUAUAUAUAUAUAUAUAUAUAUAUAGUAAAAUAUAUUAUUUAUUGCCUUGAUAUAUGCAGUUUUACUCAUAUGCUGUAUUGUACAAUAUAUACAAUAUAUUUUACAGUAUAUGUACAAAAUUACUUAUACUGAUGGCAGUAGUUAAUAUGUUUUGUAAUAUAUACAGUGGAUUUUCACAGGCAUUAUGAAUAAGUAUUUGCAAUAUUUUCAGCCAAAGUGACUGUAUAAGUUGGUAUGUAAAACUUUUCCAUGAAGACGAGGAUGGGGUGGCUGGGCAUUACUGUUGUAAUCUCAAAGCAAAAAAUAUAAUUUUUGAGAAAAUGGAGGCGUGGAGUGUGAAGGACAAGUAUUUUCCUUGUUAUAAGUUAAAAGUGAUAUUCUCAUUAGAUUGUAAUUGUUUUUUAGCAUAAGGACUGAUUCAGUCUAAGGGCUGGAAUAAUUCAAAUCAGUAUCUCAUUGAAGGCAUGAGAUUUAAACUUGUCACUAGUUUUAGAACUUUAAUUGAACCAAAACUUAAGUCCUAAUAGAACGUACGGUGUCUAAAAUUUUUUUUUCUUACGUGUGUGCCAGAAGGCAGAUUUUUGCUGCCAGUUACUGUUUUCAUACUGUAUGUUUGAAAUGAAAUCUAGCAAUAUGAUAUGUAACAAUUAAUUCCUGCUGUGGAAGCAACAUAGUAUUUUUGUCACUGCACAGUGAUUUAAUUUUUAAAUGAUUAAGUUGUAUCAUGCUUUGAAAUUAUAUGUAUAUAUAUUUUUCCUGUUAAAAUGCCUGGCUUGCUUGUGUAGAAAUCUAUCUAUAUUCUGACUUUGGCCUGACCAUUACUAUUUUACCACUGAUAGGUUUUCAAGUGGGUCAAAAUCUAUAUUUAGCCCCAUCCUUUGGUACUACGUAUGUAUGAAACAUGUUUGUGUGAUGUUCUUGCCUGGGACACUAAUAAUCAGUAUUUUUUCCAACAAUUCAAAAUAAUCAGGGUAUUUUGAACAUCAUCUAUCAAUGUAAUAGUUCACUGAAAAUACGUAUUACAACUGCCACUAGUUUGUUUAAUCAAAGUGUUCAGUUGAAAACAAAACUAGUUGGAUGAGCCUGACUUCUGUGGUUUUCGCAGUAUUUUCAAAGUCUCAGUUAAGAGGAUAUAUUUGCACUUAUUUUCAUGUUUUUGUGAGUAUACGAAACAUGGAAAUAAAUCAUUGACGACACAAAGCGAUUUUGGAUUUGUGAAGACUGGUACCUUGAGUUGGCAAAUAUUAGUGUCACUAGUAUGAAAAAUGGCGUGUUAUUGAUAGAUGUUUCUUUACAUGUUACUGGAAGGUUCAAUAUUUAACAUUAGUUUAAAACAUUUCCAAUGUCUAUAUAUUGAACUUUCUUUGUUAAUGUGAUAUAAUUCAUGAGCCUUCCACUAAUGUUAAACACUGGCAGAGUUCUUCCUCAGUGGGCGAAAAACUGUUAGUAUUGUUAAUAUUAAACAAAUACCAUUGGUAGUAAGUAGCAAGUAUUUUUAUAAGGAAUUUUGUUAAAUGUUUGACAUUCUUGACCAAGGAAUUAGUAGUUCUUGAUUGGAAUAUAUAUUCAGCUCCACAAGUCCUUGUUUUAUGAGCAAGCCAUUGAGAUUCAAUGAAAUAAAUGUAUUUUUGCACAGAUGUGUGCAUAAACUAGAUGUGCCCCCUAAACAAAUUAGAAUUCAACUAAGCACCGGUUAUACAAAAAGUACAUAGUGACACAAAAAAUGUUUUUCCUGUACAUAUGUAGCACAGAAAUAAUGAUGAAAAUGUGACAGCCAUUUUUUCAGAUAACAGCAUUGCUUCCAUGUUUCUCUUCCAUGUGAGCACAAUGCAUUCUUUCUUUACUACUUAAUAAAAAGAGAAGCUCACAUCAGCUGUGCAUUUCAGUGUGUUUUCAGAGUAGGCAAAUGUUUUUUCUUUGCUGUGUUUACAUUUUGAAAUUUUCUCAUUAAUUAGAACAGCUAAUUACUGUAAACAGUCACAAAUUUGCAUACAGUAAUAGUGCUAUACAGCACAAAAGCUGAAGUCAUUACAUUUAACAAUUAAAACCCCAGUAAGAAAGAGUAGGUUUAUCAUUGCAGUUUUGCAAUUGGUUACAGGUUACAAUAUGUGUGCAGAAUUAACUACACAUUUGGAAUGAAUAAUUAAAAAGCACAAUGCUAUAGUGUACUAGCCACUAUUUAAUUAGAACAUUAUAAUAAGAAUGUGUCAUUUAAUGUUUGAUUGUCUGCAAAUUUGAAACCUUGCUGUUUGAAAUGUGUUUAUUCAGGGAAAUGUUGGUUUUCAUUUGCAGGUUCAAGAGUAAGCUGCAGGCACUGUCAUAGGUGUAAUAAACUAAAAUUUAAAAGCAAAUGUGUACCUUUUAAUUGAGAAAAGAGCAGGUCAGAUUAUGUCCAUGAAUGCGAAAUGGCUGAAAAUGAGCUCUAUGCAAAGCAUGAGUGUGCGAUUUGCAUGAAAAUCUCCCUGCACUUGAGAUACGUUUUUAAAGCUACUCAGUAUGAAGUGAGGGUAAAAAGUCUGUCUUUAGAGGGAAGAUUCCAUCUGUGAAAGGCAGGGUGAGUCGCAUAUUUAUAGAAUACUAGAUUAAAAUACUGCCAGUAAUAUUCUCAAGAAUGUGCUGUUCCAUAAUUACAGCCAUAUGGGUAUGUUUAAUUAUUCAUAUUAUCUCAUUUGUUUUUACCAUUCCACCAGAUUUCACCAGUUUGACCUCAUACAUACAACCAGAUGGAAAGCAAAUAUUUUCAAGAAUUAUUUAGCCACAGAUUGGAUCUUUUCAAUUGUUUCAGAGUUAAAAGGGACUGACAAAACAACAUAAAGGGUGCUGAUGUUUAUGUACUUAUCAGCAAUGUAGAUUAUACUGUAUAAAUGCUGUCAGUGUUUAGUGAAGAUGAACACUGUCUGGAAAUGUUUUCUCCAGGUCUAUAGUGUUAUGGUUUCACAUGCUAUUUUUUUAUGUGCAUGGACUAAUGAUGCAACACGCAGCUGGGUGAGAAACAGAGAAUUUUAAUUUUUUUUUCUCAUAAUAGGGAAAUGGCGGUGUACACACUUCUGCACAACGUUAUCGGCCCAUUUAUGCUGAUUCGAAAAAAGUCAGUGAGUCGCUUCGGCGCGUGUCACCAUAGAGGCAGUGCACAAAUAAGCCACGCCCCCACGGUGGGGGCAAACAAUCAGCUCCAUAUAGUUUGUAUUAUAAGUCAGAGGAUUAUCAAGAUUACAAAGAGUGAAAAGUUGUUGUGUGGUGGGUCUGUACAAAUAACAAAGCCACAAACCCCAAUUUAAACUUUUAUGUCCUCCCAUGCAAAAAGACUGAGCCAAUGAGGAAUAAAAAAUGGAUUGAGGCCAUUAGACAUGAGGGGGAAGGAGGAAAACUCUGCAAUGCUUAAUCAAUGCACAUCUAUAAUUAUAGAAAAUUAGUCAUUUUGUCAUCUGUAAGCAACUAUAACUUUCGUUAGCUGUAAGAGAUUGUGUCAGAAAUUGUCAUUUGUAUGUUUGUUUAAUUUGUGUCUUCAGGGUGUGAUGUGACAUAUAACUAAAUAGCAACAUUACACAUCACAUCCUAAAGAAACAACAUUAGCCAGCUAACCUCGUUAUUAUAGCUGCUUUUUACUAAUGUUAGCAUCUCCACUUCAACUAGCUAUUUAUGAUAUACAAUAAAAAUGAAUUAUUGAAUCAA